CCAGCAGCUCCGGAGUGGAGCCUGCAGCUGCAGAAGCAGGUCAGCAUGCCACCCAACUUCAAACUUCAGGGCCACUUCAUUCUGCUCUUCCUGGCUGCUCUGAGAGGGGAGAGCAGGUACCUAGAGAUGCAAGAAGCUGUGGGCUAUGACCCUCUCCUGCUUUUCAACGCCAACUUGAAGCGGGACCUGGCUGGGGAGCAGCCAUACCGCCGCGCUCUGCGGUGCCUGGACAUGCUGAGCCUCCCUGGCCAGUUCACCUUCACCGCUGACCAGCCGCAGCUGCACUGUGCCGCCUUCUUCAUCGGGGAGCCCCAGGAGUUCAUCACCAUCCACUACGACCUGGUCUCCAUCGACUGUCAGGGCGGGGAUUUCCUGAAGGUGUUUGAUGGAUGGAUCCUCAAGGGGGAGAAAUUCCCUAGCUCCCAGGACCACCCCCUCCCCACCACGGAGCGGUACAUAGAUUUCUGUGAGAGUGGUCUUAUCAGAAGAAGCAUCAGAUCUUCCCAGAAUGUGGCCAUGAUCUUCUUCCGGGUUCAUGAGCCAGGAAACGGAUUCACACUAACGAUAAAGAUGGAUUCCAACCUCUUUCCUUGCAAUGUCAUCUCUCAGACCCCAAAUGGCAGGUUUACCCUGGUGGUCCCGUAUCAGCAUCGAAACUGCAGCUUCUCCAUCAUUUAUCCAGUGGCCAUCAAAAUAUCUGAUCUCACACUGGGACACUUCCAUGGUCUUCACUUAAAGAGACCUCCAGCAGAUUGCGGGGAAAUUGGAGACUUUGUAGAGCUACUAGGAGGAACUGGAUUAGACCCUUCUAAGAUGAUGCCAUUAGCUGAUCUCUGCUACCCUUUUCAUGGUCCUGCCCAGAUGAACAUUGGCUGUGACAACACUGUGGUGCGCAUGGUCUCCAGUGGAAAACACAUAAAUCGUGUGACAUUUGAAUAUCGUCAGCUGGAACCAUCUGAACUGGAAAAUGAAAAUGGAAACAGCAUCCCAGAAUUCUGUUUGUUGAGCCUUUGAAUACUCAAAUGACUGGUGUGCUACUAGCUAAAUGUGUUCUUAAUGGCUAUUGUCUAUAAUUUUGAUGACCAGCUAGUGAAAAGCUUCUCAAAUCAGUCAGUAUUUAGGCCAUGAACAUACAGACACGUUAAGUUUUUGUACUGUGCUUCCUUUCUCUUUGUAAUAUAUUAUUGAACCAAGGCACAUGGCAAGUUUUCUACUGCAUGGUAGGAAACAAGUUUCAACUGGAAAUGUUUGUAAUUUACAGGUGUGUUGCAAAACUGAACUCUUAAGUGUAAAACAAUGUCGUUUUCAAGAGAAAGGACUACAAAGGAAGGAAAAAGAUGUCACUAAUAGUUUUCUAACAGAAAACUUCAAAGGCUUGUAUAUACCAAAGGAGCUGCAUCUGUUUAUUUUCUGUUAACAAUUCUGUUAACAAUAGAUAGAAGUGGUAGCCAUUUUUGGUUGAUUUUUAACCAAACUUUGUACUUUCCAUCCACAAAUACAAACAUGAAUAAAUGCAUUCAAAACAUUGG